AUGGUUGGAUCAAAGCGAAACCCACCGAUGAACCGUGGCAGGCAACCCGCUGCCGUGCCUGAUGAAGAUGCCGAAAGCCAUGAGCAGGAGCCUGUCGCUGCUCUCGAACCGAGUACCCCGACCCCCGAUCCGCAGAGACCAGUUGACACUGAGAGAUUCAUUGAACUCGCUCGUGACCACCAGAGAUUGCAGAAUCUGGUUCAAGAACUCGAAGAUGAGAUUGUCGUGCUUAAGGCAGAUAGAACUGAGACUGAUAUCGUGAAUGAAUCACUCCGUAUUAAGCGUGACGAAGCUAUUACCCACCGAGAUAUUGCUAUUCGUGAGCGCGGCGACCUUGCCUUCCGUCUCGUGAAUCUUCAGAGUCAGAAUACCCGUACCGGCGCACCGAUUGUGGAGGCCGCUGCUAACCGAAAGUCUACAAAAAUGCCUGAUGCACCUAUGUUGAAUGAUGGAAAGGAAGUCCGAUUCGAAACCUGGGAGACUGUGAUUCGUCAGAAGCUUGAGGCGAAUGCUGACCACUACCCUUUGCCUGUCCAUCGUAAGCUCUACGUUCAGAGUCGUUGUGAAGGUAAAGCUCAGCUACACAUUGCUCCCCGGAUGAGUUCCGAUGCCAGCUUUCCGUACGCAGACGCUGAGGAUAUUAUCCACCACCUAAAGACUGUCUUCGCGAACCUAAACAGACGUGCAGAAGCAUACACAGCAUACCAUAAGCUUAAGAUGAAACCUAAGGAUAGCUUCACUGAUUUCCUUACGGAGUUCAUGCAGCUCGCCGAAGAGGCUGUCGUUAUCGCCGAGAACCUUAACCAGAAUACCGUUUCAUUCGAUGCAUUCACCCAGAGCUGCCAGAGUAUGGCUCACGAGAUCAGUCUUCAGCAGGAAGCAAAGACCUCCUCACGUACCCGGUCUACGAUCCCCGCUGCCGGCGCCGGAGGUGCAUCUACCGUGAACCAGCUAAGCACUCCCCGCGUGAAGCGCGAGUACACUCCGAGCCUAUCUGCCUCUGAAAGAGAGACCUUAAUGAGAGAAGGACGAUGCUUUAACUGUAAGGAACAUGGACAUAUGACCCGUGAUUAUCCGAAGAAGAAACCGACUCUCGCUGUUAUGAUAACUACUCCCGUUAUGAACCCUCCCCGUGUGGACGAGAUCGUGGAGCUAGAAGCCGAUACCGAUUCGGGAAAAGCUCCUGCCUAG